UGGCCAGAGGGUUGUCUGAGUCAUGUUCUGAUGUCAGACAGACGAGGGGCCGUACACUAAUAUUAUAUCAUUCCAAAAAAUGUUGUCGUUUAAUUUUUGCAGCUGAUUGAGUUCUGUAAGUGCUGUCACAUGUUCAUGCAGGGGCUGCAAGUAUGACGUGUGUUUGAUUUGAUUAGUUAAGUGUGUCAGGAUGAACAGAAGAGAAAAUCAUUUCACAACACAGAGUAAUUUAACCUCUCCAAAGUGUUUAUGCCCAGCGUGAAUAGACCAUAUUAGUAUUUAUAACCAGUAUAAAUCAUGUUUAAAUUUUCAAGAGAGCAGUUGGAAAACGGGCUCUACCAGCAACAAGCCACAAUAAUUGAGUUUGUCGUCAGAGUGAUUUAUGUUGAAGGCAUUUCAGAGCAGGAGAGGUUUUGAUCUUUCAGACACAUAAUGAAAGUGUUUGAUCCUUGCUCGCUACUUUUAGAAGUUUAAAUUGGGAAUGCACAUUUGCACAAAGCAAAUGUGCGCUGAUAACUUAAUGAACUGGAAUAAAGAUAAUGUGAUAGUUGAAGGUAGGUGGAGGCCUUUACAGAUGGCACCAGUGUCGUCUCCCCAUCACCAGUAGAGCCAAUGGAUGUAUAAAGACAACUGGAUACAGCAUUGGAGGCGGUUCCCCAUUCGUUCCUAUGAUAGUUGCUUAGUGGUGCAUAAAGCCAAUAGCGUGUGACUUCCUGAUCUCGUGCUUGUUUGGGCCCAAUGAGCGCACCAGAGACUGAGACAGAGUCUGUGCAAUAAUGAUCUCCCAUCCAAACAUCUGUCCAAGCUAAAUUGGUUCCCAUGUUUGAUUCAUAUUUAAUAGCGUAUAAUUUAAUCGGUCAUGGUAAUAAAACAGCCUUGGGGUCAUGUUUACUGUGAGAAAUUAGUCACCAAUUUCCUCAUGAGGACGGUGAAUUGAUAGCUGCUGUUGUGAAGAUGAUGUCGAAUAGCUGACACACUCUUUAUCUUGUGUACACACACACACACACAGAGAAACACAAAUUAUUGAUAUAGUCAUGUCUGAUUCCCUGUUCUUGCUGGACUUUCAGACACCUGACUGUAUGUGUUCAUGUGAUUUCAACCCUUUGAAACCUGAGAAAAUUGUCUUGAAUUCCGUGAAAAACAUGGGAAGAAGUCAGCGAGCAACUUGAGAAGAAAUUAGUAAAAAGUACAAGAAAAAUACCUUUAAAAAUAGACCAACAAAAAGAAAAGUGCAAGAAAAUGACCUGAUUUAAAAAAAAAAAAAGUCCAAGAAAACUACUUGAAAAUUAGCAAAAAAUAGUUACAAGAAAAAUACCUUAAAAUAGCAACAACAAAGAAGUAAAAAGAGCAAGAAAAUGACAUGAAAAUUAGUGAAAAACAGUCCAAGAAAAAUACUCAGAAAUGGGCAAAAAAGUAGAAAAAAGUACAGGAAAAAUACCUUUAAAAAUAGCUGAGAAAAAAAGUAAAAAGUUCAAGAAAGUGACAUGAAAAUUAGUGGAAAAAGUACAAGAAAAGUACCUGAAAAUAGCAAAAAAAAGAGAAAGAAAGUAAAGAGUGCAAAAAAAGACCUGAAAAUUAGCAAAGAAAAGUACGAGAAAACUAACUGAAAACUAGCAAAAAAAAGUUGAAAAGUGCAAGAAAAUUACAUGAAAAAAGUACAAGCAAAAUACUCGGACAUUGGCAAAAAAGUAGUAAAAAGUACAAGAAAAGUACCUUUUAAAAUUGGCAAAAAAUAGUUAAAGUCCAAGAAAAAUACUCGUAUAUUGGCAAAAAAAAAAAGUAGUAAAAAGUACAAGAAAAAUACCUUUUAAAAAUAGCAAAAAAAGUGCAAAAAAAGACCUGAAAAUUAGCAAAGAAAUGUACGAGAAAACAAACUGAAAAUUAGCAAAAAAAAAAAAAAGUUGAAAAGUGCAAGAAAAUUCCAUGAAAAUCUGUGGAAAAAAAGUACAAGAAAACUACCUGAAAGUUAGCAAAAAAAAUGGUGAAAAAGUACAGGAAAAAUACUCAUUGAAAAUUGAAUUGAAAAAAAAAACCCAAACAAAAAUAGUAUAAAGUACAAAUAAAUACCUUAAAAAUGUGGACAUUUUCCCUGGCUUAUUUUUAAUUAUUGUUUUUAUUAUUUAUAUGAUUAUUAUUUUCUACAUCUUCUAUUUUCUUGCAGUUUGUGGGACGUGUCUUGCCACAAGUUUUUUCCUUGUCUGAAGAAAAUUAAAGCAAGUUGCUCAGGGUUCAGAGGUUUCAAUACUUGUGACAGAUGUGUGAAAGCAGCACAAGACAAGUGAUGUCAAUCCAGGUUUCAAAAGUUGAAAUUCAAACCAAACAUGUAGGUGACUGUACUGUAUUUACUUUGUCCUUCUGUACCCUGGUGAAGAGUCCAAAUCACACACAGUUAUUUGUUGGUAUAAUUAGCUGCAGGAGGGUUUAGGUCAUCCCUCCACCCCUCUCUUCCUGUGAUAAACACAGAGCAGACAUGAAGUGAGAUAAACAAUCACACAUUCACAAGAGAGCAAACAGGAGGAGAGCUCGUAGACGUAGCAUGAGCCCCACUGUGAUACGACGAUGUCUCUGUUGGAGCUGAUACAAGAGGGUCAAGAGGUGCUGACCGGACUGCUCCACAAUCUGUCUGCGUCUAUCAGUCUGUUGACCCGACACUCACACAGCAGGAGCUGUGCACUGACAGAUGACAUCAUGCAGAGGGAGGAUGGUCCUCUGUGUGCAGCAGAAAUCGGCUCCGAACUCCAGAAACAGUUCGCCAUCCUGCCAGGGGGCCGCGGGAUGAACGGCAGCCCCAUCAUCGUCUUCCCAGAGUUCCCCGAUUUCAGCGAGCUGGAGGAGGAGGAGAUCCAAAAUGUCCUUGGCUACCUCAGCAGCAUCCCCAGCGUUGCAGCAUCAGGAGUGGGAUUCAUCCUGGUCAUUGACAGACGACUGGACCGAUGGGCCGCUGUCAGGGCUACCCUGCUCCGCAUCGCAGGUUCAUUUCCAGGGAACUUACACUUGGUUCUGGUGCUGCGUCCCACUACUUUGCUCCAGCGGACUCUGUCAGACUUCCUCUUCAAGUACAACAAGGAUGAGUUCAAAAUGAAGGUGGUGAUGCUGAGUUCGGUGACUGAGCUCCACGCCUACAUCGACCCCGGACAACUGACCACGGAGUUGGGAGGCUCGCAGGAAUACUGCCAUGACAGCUGGAUCUCACACCGCACUGCAAUCGAGGCGUUCGCCCUCAUGGUGAAGACCACGGCUCAGACCCUGCAGGCGUUUGGCACUGAGCUUGCAGAGACAGAACUACCCAACGAUGCCGAGGCCACCACCAGCCUGCUGCACACACACACUCUGAAGAAGGAGAGAAUGAAGGAGGACCUGCAGGUGGCGCUGUCUCAAGGGGGACGUCUGUUGGAGUGCAUCAAUGAGCCUCUACAGACAGACCCUGAGUACAGCAUGACCUACGAUGAAGUGGAAAACUUAGCUACUGUACAGAGACUCCUUGGUCAGCUGGACGAAACAGAGACAGCGUUCGACGACUUCUGGGAGCGUCACCGCACCAAGCUGGAGCAGUGUUUACAGCUCCGCCAUUUUGAAAAGCACUUCCGUGAAGUGCGCGCCCAGCUUGACGUGACAUCCGAGCGCUUGUCUGGUUUCUCAGAGGUCAGCAUAAGCCCCGCCCAUGCUGAGCACGUUCUCCGAGAGCUCAGCGGCCACGAGGACAAAGCCUGUGACGCACUAGACCGUGCCAUGUCCCUGGCUGGUGAAGGUGACAGGCUGAUAGAGAACUCCCACUACGCCGAGGACUCCAUCAGGCCGAAAUGCAGCGAGCUGAGAGCAGUGUGUGAGGAGAUCAACUCCACGCUGCGGAGCAAGAAGGGCCUACUGUUCAGGGCCAUGGAGCUCCACCACGCUCUGGAGAAGGCGUCACGGUGGUGUGAGGAGGGCAUCUUCCUGUUGGCCAGCCAGCCAGUGGACCGCUGUCAGUCUCAGGACGGAGCCGAAGCAGCGCUGCAAGAACUGGAGCGAUACCUGGACACGGCGCCGCUGCACACCCUCGCCGACCGCAGCGCCAUCUGCUGCCAGUAUGAGGCGGUGCUAACUCCUCAACUCAGGGACCAGAUAGAGAAAGUUUUCCAGAAGCAAAGUUCUGUCCAGGAGAUGUUUGAGAAGAGACGUGUCAGCCUGAAGAAACUCGCUGCUAAACAGACCAGACCAGUCCAGCCAGUGGCACCGAGGCCUGAAGUGAAGUCACCACUGUCCUCUCCCAAUCAACAGAGAAAAGAGAGAAGAUACUCCGCAGAUAAUGCCAUCAAAAAGGUGGAGUCUCCCCUUCAUAACGGUGGCACCAGACAUGCUUCUCUCUCAGAGGAAGAAGAAAACCUGGCAGUGCUUCGGCGCCACGUGAUGAAUGAACUGCUGGAGACGGAGAGAGCGUAUGUGGAGGAGCUACUGUGUGUGCUGGAGGGCUACGCAGCUGAGAUGGACAACCCUGCCAUGGCUCACCUCAUCCCCAGCACCCUGCUGAGCAAGAAGGUCGUCUUGUUUGGCAACAUGUCGGAAAUCUACGAGUUUCACAAGAGGACAUUUCUAAAGGAACUGGAAGCAUACACUGACUGCCCAGAGCUAGUGGGCCGCUGCUUUUUAGAGAGGAUGAAGGACCUACAGAUCUACGAGGCAUACUGCCAGAACAAACCUCGCUCUGAGAGCUUGUGGAGACAGUGCUCCGACUGUGCCUUCUUCCAGGAGUGCCAGAAGAAGCUGGAACAUAAACUUGGUUUGGACUCCUACCUCCUUAAACCUGUCCAGAGAAUCACCAAGUACCAGCUACUGCUCAAGGAGUUGUUGAAGUACAGCAAAGGCUGUGAUGGCUGCGACGACCUACAGGAAGCACUCUCCUCCAUCCUGGGGAUCCUGAAAGCUGUUAACGACUCCAUGCACCUCAUCGCCAUCACAGGAUACGAGGGUAACCUGUCAGAGCUGGGUCGCCUGCUGAUGCAGGGCUCCUUUAGUGUGUGGACGGAGCAUAAAAAAGGUCACGCCAAGGUCAAGGACCUGGCUCGGUUCAAGCCCAUGCAGAGACACCUGUUCCUGCACGAGAAGGCGCUGCUCUUCUGUAAGAAGAGAGAGGAGAACGGCGAGGGCUAUGAGAAAGCGCCGUCCUACAGCUUCAAACACUCGCUCAGUAUGAGUGCGGUGGGCAUCACAGAGAGCGCCAAAGGAGACAACAAGAAGUUUGAGAUCUGGUGCAACUCCAGAGAUGAAGUUUUUAUCGUCCAGGCUCCGACGCCAGAGAUUAAAACAGCGUGGCUGAACGAGAUCCGUAAAGUUCUGACCCAACAGCUCAAAGCCUGCAGAGAUGCCAGUCAGCAGAAGAGCUCCGACUCCGUCUCCCCGAGUCCCACCAGCAACACCUCCAUCUCCCUAAGUCCCUUUCGUAGCAGCGGCCAGAAAAACCAGAAGAAGCAAGAGGAGAGGAAGGCGGAGACGAGCUCAGUGUCCGACUCCUCGUCUUCACCCAAACAUAAGGGCUGGAACAAGGCGUCUCUCUCGGUGGACGCCUCCGAAGAGAACGAUGGGUACUCCAGCGGCGAGGACCCCAUGAACUCUGACCCCGAGGAUGAUGUAGGAAGGAAGCUGGCUCCAGGGAAGUACACAGUGGUGGCAGACUGCGAGAAGGCGGGACCUCAGGAGCUGUCUGUCAAGAGUGGAGACAUGGUCCAGCUGAUCAGAGAAGGAGAGGAGGGGCAGUGGUUUGUGAAGAACCUCCGCAGCAGUAAGGAGGGCUGGGUGGCCGCCGCAAACCUCCUCAGCCUCAUCUCAGAGUCCAAGUCGUCCCAGUCACUCAGCAGCUCAGAUGGCAGCGUCUCCGGGAACCUCAGCACUUCCUCCAGCUGCAGCGAGACCUACACCAGCUUCUCCGACAUCAAACCCUGACCUGCGAGCACUGAUUUCUGUGUGGAAUUACAAAAACCUCCAGGAGGACAGAAGCAAAGUGUUUCGUCACGGACCAUCAACGUCACAGUUUGUCGGAUCGAACCAAAAAUCGAAACCAUCACUGUAUCUGCGAAUGUUACCAGUGUAUUUACAGCCACCUGUGAGGCUCACGCAAACGGACAAUAGCUCUUCUUUUUACCUUGAACGUGGGUACAAGUUUAAGUGGCAGAAAAUUCAGAAAGCAUCAGGGAAAAAUAGUUCCUCGACACACACCUUACAGUCAUGUCCAGUCUUAUAUUUAAUCCCUUAUAUGUAGCAUUGAAGGCGACACGUUUAAAGAAUAUCUGCACUAAACGUGAGCUCUCACCAGCUCACGAAACCCCUUCAAGUGGAUAACAUCGCAGCAUAGCGGCAGAUUCUUGUGUGAAACAUGGACAGGUACAGAUACUAUCAGACCGGUAUUUCACAUGAUGCUUUAGUGUCAAACAUUAAUCGUACACUGUGAAAACUGGCAGCUGGCUGCAACAAGAAGAAAUGCUUUGGGUGCAUCGUGGAGCAUCUGUGAGCAGGUCAGAUGUGCAGGGCGUGUUACUGUAAGUCUUGUUUUUGUAUGUGGGAGACAUACUGGGUGAAGUGUGUUGAAUCCCUUGUAGUUUCUGGCGGGCCAGUGGUGUCAAAGUAGUUUUCAUUUCUCAUUCAAGGAUGCUGUAUUCCUCCCUUGUUAAUAAGAGCUUCCUAUUCCCUAGUUUCACAGUUUAUAAGAAGUAUCACCGGGUGAAUGUCACCAACAGCACGACCUGGUGGUCAGAUGUCAUGCACUUCUCCAGCGACACAUACAAAUCACUUACACAGAGUGCGGCAGCUUGGAACAACUUUUGAACCUCUUUCUUUCCCCCAAGAGUAAUCGUCUAACUCGCCUCUGAACUGCUCUGGAUUUACCUCUCAGGAAGCCCAAGGAGUUGCGUGGGCAGGCAGGUGUGACUGCAUACCUGCUUGUGUUGACUACAUGUCUUUGUGUGUGAGCAUUCCUGUGCGUGUUGUGCUUCAGAACAAAUCCAACAAGCUGAUGUCACAGGCUCCCAGGGUGGCUAUUUGGCUGCAGACAGCAGCUGGGUCAGAAAAGUUCCCAUUUGGGGACGUUUUAGCGACGUCAUGCAUUUACCUGCUGAGUAAAGUUAAAGGGAUAGUUCAGAUUUUUUGAAGUGGGGUUGUAUGGGUUACUUAUCCAUUGGCAGUGUAUUACACACAGUAGAUGUCAGUCAGCACACCCCCAGUUUGGAGAAGCAGGCUGGAGUCUGACACAGAAGCUAAGCAAUGUACUGCUGUGGAUGGGGGCCGGCAACAAAACGUAUUUUAGCCAUCUAAAAAAAGCCCGACCUAAAGAAAAUUAACAUCAGCGUAAGUGUGCGCUAUAUUGAAAAUACCUUUACUACUUUACCUUAAUGUCAGAGCGUGAUUUUCAACUGGAAAAUGAAGCUGUUAAAUCGCUCUCUUCACAGCCAGACUCCAUUGAGAAAAACAGCGAUUUAACAUAGCUGAACACAGGAGCUGCUGGUCUAUUACUGCCUUAAUCAGUUGGUUUGUUUGUGUAACAGUGUGACUUCGGGGUUUAAACAGAUUGGUUUAGAGUCACAAAAGUCACACAAUAACACAAACUAACUAACUAAACAAGGCGGCAGUAGACCAGCAGCUCCUGUGUUCAGCGAGCUAAAAUUACCAUUUUUCUCAAUGGAGUCUGGUAGCUUUGAUGAGUGCAUAGAUGGGGCUGUCAGACAGAAAGGUAAAGUUGUGAAAAUACUCUCAAUAUAGCAUAUUGACUUUUUUCAUAGGUGGGACUUUUUAGGUGUGUAAGACAUUUUGUUGCUGGCCCCCAUCCACAGCAGUACGUUGCUUAGCUUUCGUGUUAGCCUCCAGCCUGCCUCUCUAAACUGUGGGAAUGCCAGCUGACGUCUACUUAUUGUAAUACACUGAGUACGGCUCAGUGCCCCAUACACCACUUUAAAAAAAUCCAAACUAGAAACAACCACCCUCAAUACUCUGCAUAUAAAUCUAAUUUUGGCUCCAUGUCUGCUGCACUCACCUAUCUUUGGUGUGCACUGCAGCAACAAAAGCAGGCUUUGUCCCCUCCCUCUGCUCCCAGCCCCACUAAGGCAUGUGACAGUAGUCACUUCUGUGCACGCAGGGCUAACCAGGGCCCGGACCUUCCUUAACAUGUUUGCACCACCAGCUCCGUGACAGUAUUUGUUUAUUUACCAUGAUGUCGCUGAGUAACUGAAAAACGAGGUGCAAAAAAAAAAAUACUGACAAAAGUCUGACUAGUGGUGUGAAUUACACAGCAGGGGUGGUGAGUAACAUAAGUUGGCCCUAGCUGGCCGAAGACGUUGAUACGGGUGCAUAGCACACCUCUGACAACCAGCUGCUGUGACAGACACACACAAGCUAUUUCUAACACUGAAUGACACCUUCUUACCUUGUUUUUCAAGGGUGAACUUAUUUUUUAUACCCCAAGAAUUUCUACUGUAUCCACAUGGUGCACUGUAAAACAAUCUGUUCCUUUUUGCCAUCUUCAAUGUUGAAUGUGUGACUCUGUUAUUGUAACAGAAAAAAUGCAGCAUGCUGUUCUACUCAAACCAGCCCCACCUGUUUUAUUACUGAAUAUGAGUUGUUCACUCCGCCACUGAUAAACACCACUGUGGUUAUGUUAAAGGAAUAGUUCAGGGUUUUUUUAAAGUGGAGUUGUGUGUAAUACUUAUCCACAGACAAUAUGUUACAUACAGUAGAUGUCAGUGGGCACACCCCCAGU